UAUUCACCGCUCAGCACAACAGCGGAACAAAAUGGCCGCCGUGGCUUCGGAGCCAGAAGCUGCGGUUCCGACAAUAACAACAACGACCGCUGCAACGGACGACGGUGGACCAGCAGAACCGGGUCCGGUAGGUCCAGGACAUUCAGAACCAGACGGUCCGGCAGAGUUCGGUCCGUGCAGGAAGCUGGAGGACCAUGAAGAGGGCCGCCAUGACAGGCCGGAGUCUGAGCCCGAGGCGGGAAGGGGCCCGGACAGCGGGCUUCUGCUGGACCGGACCGACCGAAUGGACCGGGUCAGUCCGGACAGCCGUGGGUCGUACCGAACCAUCCUGCCGGACCCGCAGCACUCCGCGGUUUUCCUGCACUCCCUGCCGGACCCCCCGCCCGGUACCGAGGCCGGACUGUCUCUGGCCGAACCGGCAGAACCCACCACUAACGGGACGACAGACCGGGCCGAGGCAGCCGAACCAGACCGGGUCUACCUGGGUCUGAUGCAGGCGGAUCUGGGUCCCGGGCCCGCGGACGGAACCGCAGAGCGUCCAGAACCCGGUACCGGCUGCCGGGAGGAACCAGCGGUCCAGGUGCUGCUAGACCCGUCCUCCAACCCCACCGGACCAGAACCCACUUCUGUUCUAGACCUGAGUCCAGGAUCCGAGGUUCGGGUCUGCUUGGAUCACGUGAUCGAUGACGCGUUGGUCGUUUCCUUCCGGGUCGGAGAGCAGGUGUUCUCAGGUGUUCUGAUGGACGUGUCCAAAAGGUUUGGACCCUAUGGGAUCCCCAUCACCACGGUCCCACACCGUGAUGAACGCAGCCAGCCUCCAGCGUCUCUGCUGCCUGUCUCUGUUGACACUGAGACUUCCACCAAACAGGAAGACGUCUCCUCAGCUCCUCGCUCCCUGACCCCAUCCCAACCCUGGAGCUCGAGACCACCACCGCUGUUCCAGGAGGGGGCGCCGUACCCUCCUCCUUUGUUUAUCAGGGACACUUACAACCAGGCCUUACCUCAGCCGCCUCCACGCAAGAUCAAACGACCSAAGAGGCGCUACCGCUGCGAGGAGCCCACUUCCAUAAUGAAUGCCAUCAAGCUCCGCCCACGCCAGGUCCUCUGUGACAAGUGCAAAGGUGUGGUGUCAGGUGGGUACAGGGAGGCCCGCCGAGGUCCAGUCCAGCUCAGGAGCCAUGAGGUUUUAGGCAGGCGGCGAGCUGCAGACCUGCCCAUUUCCACCGAGUUGAAACGUCUGAGAGGAGACGACAGAGGAGGACGCUCCGCCCCCGACAGACGCUCAUCGUCAGGAAUGCCUGUGUCUUCAUCAUCAUCAUCAUCAUCAUCGUCCCGCCGCAUCCUGAGGGGCGUGGCCUCAUCAACGGCCUCGUCCAGCCAGGAGCACUCCAAACUAAACUCCAAGAAAGUUUUGGCCAAGAGUUCUGCUGCUGACCGCUCCAAGUCCCAGCAGGUCUUACAGAAACUGGUACCACACCACCUCCCAGCACACCAAGACAAGAACCAGAACCGCAGUAAGGCUGUGACCCGGGCUGUGUCUCUGCAGAACCAGAAGGUGCACUUCACUCGCCGCCUGCAGCACCUGAGCAGCGCCGCCGGCAGCGCACACACGCCGCUGCCGCCCAGAAUGCGUCUCAAACCCCAAAGAACACUGAAGAGCUGCUGACAGUCAGAAUCCUGCGCUGUGAUUGGCUGUGAUCCAGGGGGUGGGUCAGAACACCUGGCUGUUGAUGACAUCAGAAAUAUUUAAGUGAAGAGUUUAUAUUUAUGAAUAAAAUGAUUGAUCUGA